CUAAACGCGACUUGUGUGAAUAGGCUACUUCUUUAUGCACAAUGAUUUGUCGACAGAAUGUGCUUGGUUUUGACACUCCCCUUAAAUAUGUAUAGUGGUUAGAGAAGCGGUAUGAGUGCACUCGUAAUAUGAUAGGAUAUGUCAAGACAAUAUUGGGGCAUUCUUUCAGCCAAUAAAUGCCGAAACCUUGAUUUUGGUGUGAAACCCAAGCCUCAAACUCAAAUACAGUGUGGCGAGGAUCGAGUCGUGGGGUGGCAUCCUCUCUCUCCGUCCUCGCUUUCCUGAAAAACAAGCUCCUUCCUUGUAGUCAGUGGAGAUGAGAAGAAUAACGGGAAUGGCAAAGGAAGUAACUUUGAUCGAAAUGAAGAGCGCAAUGGAUUCACAGAUUGGAGAGGAAUGUAAUGGCCACAGUCGUAAUAACUCUAUAGAGGACGGAGGAACACAGCUACCUGGACACACAGAGACUGACAGACUACAGCAGAACAAAGACACCGUGUUCUUCAGGGACGGGGUUCGCAGGAUUGACUUCAUACUGUCCUACCUAGAUGACAAGGAUGGAGAGAAGAAGCAGGAGAGGAGGAGGGAGUUUGAGGCCAACCUUGAGAAGGCUGGACUGGAGCUUGAGGCUGAGGACAAAUCGGACUCAGAUGAUCUGAAAACGUACUUCCUGAAGAUCCACGCCCCGUGGGAGGUGUUGGCCACCUACGCUGACGUGCUGAAGAUCAAGGUUCCCUUUAAGGAAAGCGACAUCCCCCACGGACAGGACGUUCCACUGGAGUGGCUCUCCCGACCGUUCCGCCUGCCAGAGAAGGUGAUGCGCCCACAGCCUGACUACUUCACCUCUCCAUUUGAUAAGGACAAGAUAGACUUCUUCCUCAUCAAAAACCAAGACACCUUCUUCCCCCCCUCUACACGCAACAGAAUAGUGUACUACAUCCUGUCUCGCUGUCCGUACUAUAAAGAGGACCGCAAGGAGACAGACAAGAAAGGUAUCAAGCGGUUGCUGAACAAUGGGACCUACACCUCAGCCUUCCCACUUCAUGAUUGUCGAUACUGGGAGAGGAACACAAAUGAGCAGUGUGAGAGCGAACGCUACCACCUCUAUAAGAAUUGGGCUAGGUUCCUCUGUUUCUACAAGGAGCAGCCCCUCAACCUCAUCAGGAAGUAUUAUGGGGAGAAGAUUGGGAUCUACUUUGCCUGGCUGGGCUUCUACACAGAGAUGUUGUUCUUUGCUGCGGUCAUGGGGGUCAUAUGUUUUACCUAUGGUGUGCUGAGCUACGAUGAUAAUUUAACAAGUAAGGAGAUCUGUGACCCCAGCAUUGGAGGGAGUGUUGUGAUGUGUCCACUGUGUGAUAAGAAGUGUAGUUACUGGAAGCUCAACUCCACGUGUCUCUCAUCCUGGCAAUCCCAUCUGUUUGAUAACGAGGGGACAGUGUUCUUUGCCAUGUUUAUGGGGAUCUGGGUGACUCUGUUCCUGGAGUUCUGGAAGCGGCGCCAGGCCCAGUUGGAGUAUGAAUGGGACCUGGUAGAUUUCGAGGAGGAGCAGCAGCAGCUCCAGAUCCGCCCGGAGUUUGAGACCAAGUGCACUGACCAGAAACUCAACCGGAUCACCCAGGAAAUGGAGCCAUACCUACCCCUCCCCAAAAAGUGUGGUCGCUUUUGCCUCUCCGGUGUUACUGUUCUGUUCUGGAUGCUUCUGAUUGUGGCCUGUAUCACUGGGGUGAUAGUCUACAGGCUGGCUGUGUAUGCAGCCUUCGCCAGCAUCAUGAAGGACAGCCCCACUAAGAAGAUCCAUCUGGUGGGCUCUCUCAUCACCCCGCAGCUCGCUACCUCUGUCACCGCCUCCUUUAUCAACUUUGUCAUCAUUAUGAUCCUUAACUUCUUCUAUGAGCGAGUGGCCAUCUGGAUCACUGAUAUGGAAAUUCCCAAGACACAUCUGGAGUAUGAAAACAAGUUGACAAUGAAGAUGUUCCUCUUCCAGUUUGUCAACUACUAUUCUUCAUGUUUCUACGUGGCCUUCUUCAAGGGCAAGUUUGUGGGUUACCCAGGCAACUACACGUACAUGUUUGGCAAAUACAGCAGGCUGAGGAACGAGGAGUGUGACCCAGGAGGCUGUCUGAUUGAGCUGACCACCCAGCUGGUGAUCGUCAUGACAGGGAAGCAGGUGUGUGGGAACAUCCAGGAGGCUCUACUGCCGCUGCUGAGGAACUGGUGGUGCAGCAGGAAGGCCCGGAAAGACCAGUACAGCCGCUGGGAGCAGGACCACGACCUGCAGAACUUCAGCCAGCUGGGCCUGUUCUAUGAGUACCUGGAGAUGGUAAUCCAGUUUGGCUUCAUCACUCUGUUUGUGGCCUCUUUCCCCCUGGCCCCCCUGCUGGCCCUUUGUAACAACAUCCUGGAGGUCAGAGUGGACGCCUGGAAGUUCACCACCCAGUUCCGCCGGCCUGUGGCGGCCAAGGCCCACAACAUUGGAGCAUGGCAGGAGAUCCUCAAUGUGGUAGCCAUCUUGUCCGUUGUCACCAAUGCAUUCAUCAUGGCCUUUACUUCAGACAUGAUCCCCCGCCUGGUCUAUCUGUAUGCCUACCACCCUGGCUCUGAAGCCACUAUGAGUGGCUACAUCAACAACAGCCUGUCAGUGUAUAACAUCUCCCAGAUCCCUCUCCUCAGUACGCCCGAGGAGGGGGCGAUUCCUGCCUGGUUCAACAGCUCCAUCACCACCUGCAGGUACCGUGACUACCGCUACCCUCCAGGCCACCAGAGGCAGUACUCCCAAACUAUGCAAUUCUGGCACAUCCUGGCAGCCAAACUGGCCUUCAUCAUUAUCAUGGAGCACGUGGUGUUUGUGGUGAAGUUCUUUGUGGCCUGGCUGAUCCCGGAUGUGCCAUCCGAGGUGAAGGCUCGGAUCAAACGGGAACGUUACCUCAUCCAGGAAUACCUGCACAACUACGAGGUUGAGAAGCUCAAGAUCCAGCUGAGUCAAAGUUUUAUCACUGCCACCAACAUGCAUGACCUGUUAUCUUAGUGCCUGUAGGCCCCCAAUCAGUAACUCACACCCACCUGGCUAACCUAACUGGGAGGGUGGUGCUGUGAAGGCUCCUCCACUGAUUUCAACCUUUUCGCCUAUAUUAGGACUUUCAUUGGAGGCAGAGACGGAAUAAUUUGAUCGAUGACCACAUCUCGUCACCUUUUCUCAGCCUCCAAUGCUGUUGCAAUGCAAGCUCCUGUUGUUCAGCUUGCUUCAUAUCUUCUGUGCAAUGAUGUUUCUUGCAAGUGAUUCAGUCAUUCAGUGCCAGUGUUGAUCGUGAUAGGAUAUUAUGGAAUCCUACAAAAGUAUGUGCCAACUUGUUAAAUGCCAUUGGGAUUCAUGGCUUCUUGAAAAAAAAUGUAAUAUAAUGCUCACCUUAUCCACAAUGUCAUAAUAUGUUACUAACAUAUCCAGCAAAGACUGCCAAAGAUAUCCCAUGGCUUUUAUCGGCAGCUAUCUAAUGAAUUACCUUUAAAGUAAUAUGCAUGUUUGAUAGAAUGUAACAUAUAAAAUCUAAUUUAUUUGCCUUCAAAUGUUGGCAUGUUAUCGGCUUCAAUUUGGCUGUAUGUGUUUUCCUUUCAUUACUGUCAUGUAUUUGAGAUAUUUUCAUGGGAGUCAAUGUAAAAACUGUAAAUUAAAAGCCCAAUGCAACUGUCUGUAUAUUAAUAUAAAAUAAUUUCUAAGUAACAAUAAUUGCUAGGACUGUCUGGGAGUAGUCUGAGUGGCAAGGGGAAAACUCUAAACUAGAUGUUAUUGGCAGAGAGGUUUGGAACUCUCUUUGUAUUUGGUCUAUCAACCAAUUUACCACAUGUUGAUGUCACUAUGGAAAGCUGAAACUCCCAUCCAUGCAAACCUGAUGAUUAGGAAGUCCUGUGUAGAUUGUAUGUUCAACCAGCGAUUAUCAGGAAUUAACACUGAUCAAAUUUUUUCACACUUUUGGAGUGUUAGUUUCAUCAGCUGUUGUACAAUUGCAAUAUAAAACACAGGAAAAAAGCAUUUUGACUGCAGUGGCCCUUUAAAAACUGUUUCUCUCAGCUGGGUAAUGCUAGAUAGAGAUACUGUAAUGGUCCAAGGCGUUAAUACACCCAAAUGUCUACUGUAUGUAUGUUUGGUCUGAUAGAGCCCUUUCCAGUGGAUAUAAUCUACACUCAGUUUGAAAUGUUUUGAGUGGCAUAUUAAGUCAUACCAGACAAAAUAUUAGCCCUGUUUUUGGGGUUGCAUUCCUCUUCCUUGUUUAGAUUUAUGGCGAGAUAUGCAACUUGUAUGUGUGAUUUCUUCUGGUGUGGGACCCAAAUGUGUUUUUGCCUGUGUUACUUGCACAUGUAUCUAUCUGCUCUUUAUUUUGACACUUAUCAAACUCAUUGUAAGCAGGAAAAUCAGAUUCCUCAGCCCUGUUAGUCAUUACUCACUUAAGUUGAUCAUUCCUAUCUGCUUUUUCAGUCAUACUCUAUAUCUGUACUCAGUAGCACAAUGGGAGGCCUUCUCUUUUUAAUUUUGUUUUAGCACAGAGCACUUAUGUGGGACUCAUUUUAUUUAGCCAAUGAGUCUUUCAGACAGAAAACUCCACUACAUUAUUACUGUUUAAUGUCAAUCAUUCCAACAUGUCUGGAUGGUCUCAUAUUAAAAGGAAAGUUGACUUUA